AUGCCAAAUGAAGGAAUAGGAGAGAUGUUGACGCCCAAUAUAAAAUUAGAAGAAUUGGAAUCGAAGUUAGUGGCUUCGGAUGGUGAUUGCAGGGACAAAGUGAUGGGCUCAAUAGACAACACACAAAAGGCAAUACUUCCGAUGCGGUUACUAUUCAAUGAUUUUAUUCAAAGCAUGUCCAAUGUGGAUAAUCUAGGAGGGGAGAACCCCAAGGAGAACUUUUUGUUGAUCAGAAGUAAGGUAUUGGAGCUAUCUACUAGGGUCCAAGUAGUUGCGGAUGAUUUCAAUAAGCUGCAACCUCUAUUCGAGACUAUAUCGGAGUACUCUACUAAACAUGGUGAUAAAAAAUAUCAACCUUUGGAAACUUUGAAAUCGUUUUCUCCCAAUGGUGGCGCGAUAACGAACAACGUGCUCAGCGGUGCGAACGUCAACGGUAUUGCUGCUAAUAUAAAUUCUACAAGUGUCGAAUCUAGUACUAAGAAGUAUAAUAGGUCCAACAAUGGCACACCAAUUAAUGCUUCAACUCCAGGGAGCUCAACGCCUACUUCUGCUGUUCCUCCUGCAAAGAAACCCAGAAAACCAAGACAAAGUAAAAAAGCUAUUGCCGCUAAUAGUAAAAAUCAGACACAUCCAUCAGCAAUUAGUGGGACACCAGCUGCAAAUGGUAUGGGGUCUACCCCAAAUGCCUCGAUGCCCGUGAUAAGCGUUCCCCCCACUAAUAUGAUGGCCUCACCUCCGUUAAGUGCAAUGAUGUCUCCAAUGGCACCAGCAAAUUUUGCUGCGACUCCACAAUCUCAAGCACAAUCACAACCACAACAGCAACCGCAACAGCAACCGCAAUCACAGGCACAACUUCAAGCUCAAACGCAAUCUCAGGUCCAAGUGCCGCCCGUACCGCAGUCACAGCAAGCGCUAUCUCAAGCUCAACAGCAAAGGCAACAGCGGCAGUUCAGUCCACCAUUAAGGAACAAUGCGGCUUCUCAAUCCCAUCUGAACAUGAAUAAUAUCACUCCAGCCAAUAUACUAAACAUGAGCAUGACGCGAGAAGGCCAGCAUGUUUCAAUGCAACCACAGCAGGCUCAACAACCACCACAGCCUCAAUAA